CUGCAGACUUUUGUUCUAAGCUGCAAAAAUCUGCCAACGUCGUCGACGAAACCGCCAAAGCACAACAAACGAAACGUCAAAAGCUGAAAUCGCCGCAACAAAAACAUUGACCUCGCCCAGCCAUGGAUCGCAACAAGCCGGGUUCCAGCGGGCGCUCGUCCAAGAAGCAGAUCAACCUGCCCCAAAGCGAGCUGUUUGCGUUGGGCAGCGUACCGGAGCGGAAGCGCGAUGCCGUCGGGAUGGCCAGUGCCGUGGCGGCCAAAAAGAUCAAGCUGGCAACGGCCAGCGGAAGCGCAGGUGGGGGGAGUUCUUCCGGACUAGCUGCGUCGCUGCCUGGCAGCAGCAAGGCCUCUUCCGGCGGGGACAGUUCCAGCUCGAGCAGUGUGUUGGAGUACUGGGAGCAGAUGGCGCUGGAUUGCGAGUCGGUGGAUCUGGUUUCGUCGGUGCUGAGUGCGAUUGACCAGCAGGACAGCGACAGUGUGGUGGGGUACAUUUGCGGCGCGAUUAAGCUGCUGAUUUCGCCAAAGUCCAAGUCGGAGUCGGUGCUGUCGCUGUCGUUGCUGUAUCUGGCCAAGAUCAGGCCGCAUUUGUUCUGCAACGAGACGAUUACGUCGGCGUUGAUUGCGGUGUUGAAGCGCGACAGUCAGAACUCGUUCAAGGGGAGGAACAAUCCGACGGUGCACGUUUUGGCGUGUAAUUUGCUGGCGCGCGGGUACAGCGAUAAGAAGCAGUGGCCGGAGUGUUUGAUCCGGACGUACGUUGAGGACGCCAUCAACGAUCGGGUCUGGGUGGACUACGAGGAGUGUGCCCCGUUUACGGAUCAGUGCGUGGCGGCGUUCGGGAGCAAGAUACCUCCGAAGUGGAUGUUGCAGCCGGAGCUGAGCACGUUGAAUCCGACCAGCCGGGAGAACCCGAUCAUUGACGAUGAACACUCGACCGACAGUGGGAUGUUUGGGGACGCGCUGGGGAAGGAUCCGGACGCGAAUCCACCGCGCUUUGCGCACAUUCAAGAGACGGUUGAGAAGUUGGUUGUGGAAGCGGCUAAGGAUCAGCUGAAUCGACGCCAGGCUCCGGAUUGCUCGACCAGGAACUUCCUCAAGUUUCUUUCGCUCGCUUGUGGCAUCCCAGAGGUACGGGCGUUGGCCAUUCCCCGACUCGAGCUGUGGAUUCACAACGGAAAGCUGAUGAAACCGGCCCAGGAGCUGCUGACCUUCAUCUGCUACAACGUAACCGGACAAAACUCCAAGGACCACGAAGUCCUUUCGAACCUGGUCAAAAUGCGGCUCAAGACCAAACCACUGAUCAACAUUUUCAUGAUCUGUCUGAAAGAGAUGAUCAACUGCCAGUCGGAGAUCCUCACGAUGAUGCUGAAAUACGUCGUCCAGAACGAGCUGUCGAACGCUCGCAACCCGAACAACAUGGGCAUGCUGGCCACCAUGUUCCAGGCCAAACCAGCCGAGUCCGCAACCCAUCUGGCGGAAAUCUACCAGGAAUGCGUCCUCCAACGGGAAGACGUCCUCCGCACGCUGCGAGUAUUCCUUCGUGAACUGGUCAAAAUGCUCCGCUACGACAUCCCCCUGAUGGUGUUCUGCAAGGCCCUCCUUACAAACCGUGCCGACCUAACCGCCCAAGUCGCCAACUCGGAAUUUCGCGACCGCAUUUUCCACUCCGUCGCCGACCUCAUCUGUCUGUGCAUGUUCCUGUCCGUGUCGCCGCAAAUCCGCGAAGCAAACGCCUCCAUUCGCAGCGGACGUGAACCGAAGAGUUCCCCAGCGUUGACCACGUUCUACCAGCAAAUGUCCACGAUCCAGUUCGACGCCCUCACCUGGAUGCACGAAAUCGUCCCACUCGUCUUCAAACCUUCCCCCAAUGACUUCAAACUGGCGUUCCACAAAAUUCUACUCCUCGACCCUCCGGAAGCGUACGCCAAAGGCGACCAAUGGCCACCGGAGCCCGAACGAGCCCCUCUCCUCCGAAUGGUCUCGGAAAUUCCCCUCCAACAAAACUCCAUGCUGCGCAUCAUCCUCAUCGGAAUCACCAAGGAAAUCCCGUUCACCGUCCCCGACACAAUGGAAAUCAUCGAACAGCUCGUUCGCCGCGCCGGAUCCCUCCGUCACAUCGACUACCCCCCGCUCGAGGUCGCCAACCUGGAAAUCAUCGAUCUCCUCUUCAAAAUGUCCGAGUACCACCACCCGGACAACAUCGUCCUCCCCCAAAACUACGAACCCCCCAACCUGGCCAUCUCAUCCCUCUACUGGAAGACCUGGAUCAUCCUGCUCCUAAUCUCCGCCCACAACCCCGCCAUGUUCGGCUCCUUCUGCUGGGAACAAUACCCAAUGCUCCGCACCCUCAUGGAGAUGUGCAUCACCAACCAAAUCGGCCCCACAAAACCCUCCGACGAGGAACUCCAAGUCGCCACCGCCGAAAAGGCCCAAAUCCUCGAGUUCGAGAACCACCUCGCCUCGAACGCCAUCACCGAGCAAAACAGCCUGCUCCUGUCCCAGCUCAUCCUGAUGGACCCGCGCGGCGUCGCCCGCCGACCCCCCAACCAAGUCCUCGAGCAAAUCCAAACCCUCAACCAAACGCUCAAAAUCGGCCACCUACUCUGUCGCUCUCGCAAACCGGACCUUCUGCUAGAAAUCAUCCAACGCCAGGGCACCUCCCAAAUGCCCUGGCUGGCGGACCUGGUCCAGAACAGCGACGGUGACUUCAACCACCUGCCGGUGCAGUGCCUCUGCGAGUUUCUGUUGUCCAACUCGGCGACCGUGAUCGUGGAGAGCAGUCGCGAAGCGGACCUGCUGAUCUACCUGCAGAAGGUGAUUCAGGACGAAACCGGCGAGCAUCAGAUCAUCUGCGAGAUUUUGGAGUACUUUUUGCGGCGGUUGUCGUCGUUUUCGAAGCAGUCGCGCCAGUCGGCGAUCCGCGGGUUGAAGUUGCUGCUGAAGGUCUUCCAAGAGGACAACGACCCGGUCCCCAUCGAGAGCAACAACUCCGACUGGCUUCUUCGCUACCUCCCCACAAUCCCGCACUUUGUCUACGUCCGGCCAAAUGUGGUCGUCCAACUGCGCGCCGCCUGCCAGGUCGAAAACAUCCCCGAACUGGUCAUGGUGUACAUCCAGUUUAUCGCGGCGCACACUUCCCUCGACUCGGAACCGGACAUGCUGGAGCACGUGAUGGACAUGUCGCAUCUGAUCGUUGAACGCAGCACCAUCUUUUCGCACAUCAUCCCGACGGUCACCGACCAGAGUGAGACGCGCGUCCAAACACUGAACUGUCUGUUUGUGAUGUUCAACAACUUUUUGAUCAAGUUGCGCGAGUACAAGAUCACGCAGGCGUUUACGGAGUAUCCGGAUCUGCUGCUGGUGCAGUUUGCGGACGAAACGCAGUGCCACAUCCAUCUGAACAUCAUCCAGGGCUUCGUGAUCUUGCUGACCCACUCGGCGUUCAUUCCGAUGGCGGCGCAGAUUCUGGACUAUUGGUUCCCGGAGGGAGCACCGCCGCCGCAGGCGUUCACCAUCGACACGUCGGAGCCGGUUCAGAUUCUGCCCGAUUGGCUCAAGCUGAAGAUGAUUCGGAGCAACGUGGAUCGGCUGGUGGACGCGGCGUUGAUUGGGCUGACGCCGGAUCAGAUCGUGCUGUUUGUGCAGAACUUUGGAACGCCGAUCAACUCGAUGUCGAAGCUGUUGGCGUUGUUGGAUCGCGCCGUGAUCGAGCAGUUUGAAGCGGUCAACAGUGCCAUUCUGCACAAGAAGUAUCUGGCACAGCUGGUGGAAAUUCAACAGGCUCGGGGUGCGAAGAACGGACACAUUUCGAUUCAGGCGCUGGAGUUGGACAACCAGUCGAUCGGGGAUCCGCCGAUGAUGACGGUGACCGUGAUGCAGCCGAUGAACGUUGAUUUUGGGGAGGAAAGAGUGCGAACCAUUUCGGAGCAGAGCAAACCUGCCUCCAAGGGGAAGGAGAUUGAGGAGGCGGUUGAGAUCAUCCUGACUCAUCCGGUCAUCAGCCAGCCGAAUAUGGCAAAGUAUCGCAAGCUGAUUCAACGGCUGAUGGUCGGUGGGAAGUCAGCGAAAUCACAGGAGUACACCGCCAACAAGGUGCUCAACUAUUUGGGUCGGUUGGUUAAGAGUUCACAGGGUCAGUACCUGGUCAAGAACUGGGUCCAGAAUCCGCAGAUGUGUUGCUUCUUCCGGUCGCUGCUGGAGAUUGCGCCGGAAAAGUUCGAGAACCUGAACUAUCUGCUGCACGUGCUGGACGAGAUUAUCAAGUUUAUGAACCCCGCGCCAAACACGGUGUUGCUGCAGAUUCUUGUAGGCAAACGUGCCCAGUUGAUCAAGGUCGCCCAGAAGGACACCUUUCAGACGCAGUCGCAGUCCCAGAACCUUCUGCAAGUCCUUUCGACCACGAAAUCUUCAGAAGUGGAGAAAAAGGGCAAGCAACAGCUGCGUCAAACCGACAGCGACGAAAUGAUCAACGUGAUCUCCACCAUGCUGAAAAACUGGAAGGGCGUCAAGUCGGAGUCCGCGUCCGCAGAGCUGCAGUACGACAAGCGUGGUCUGCUGGUGGAUUGGCUGGCCGAGGCCGACUCCGAGCUGGUGCACGUCAACAAGGAGCAGCAGAUGGACAUGCUGUUCAACAAGGCACUGCCAGACUUUCGGCCGUAUCUGCUCUCGUUGAUGAGCCACCAGGUGAGCUGGGCAACGCUGCACCAGACGGUGGAAGUGCUGAUGGAGAAGUUCAACCCGAGCUACGAUCCCUGCUCGGUGCUGGACUUUAUCGACACGUUGACGCGCAAUCCCAAGCUGUGGCAGGGACGGGACAAGGCCGUUCCCAAGCACGAACAGGCCGAGUACGUGGUGAUGCUGAGUGAGGGGCAGGUUAGGACGUUUAUUGACUAUGUGCUGGCUGAGGAAGACCGGGACAAGAUGAGCCAGCGCGUCAAGUUGCUUGUGCAGUGCAUCAGCUCCAAGUACGAUUAUUUGAAUUCGAUGGUCGAGUAUGCGGAUGGGAAGAAAGAUCCGGCAGCGAAGCUGUUCCUGCAGCAUCUCUAUUUGAAUAUUCCGCCUAUGAAGUUUCUGAUGCCGCACGUCAAGGCUGUUUACGACGCGGAUGUUCGCAACGAAAUUGGUUGCGUUGGGGAUAAGUUUUCGUACUACAUCUUGACUACGAUCGCUUGCCUGUCGAAUCCGCGCGACUUCCAGCAGAUGUCUGCCGAAAUGGAGCUGAUCGUGCGGAAGUUGGCCGCUUCCCAUCCGGUUUUGCUGCUGCGCCAGCUCUCCGUUCUUGCUACCCUACUCCAGGGAAGAGCUCACAUGGACUUGCAGGUUCUCCGCGCCGAAUAUCACUUCCACCUGUUCCAUCUGGUCAUGGGAAUUUUGGAACUGCUUCAACCACUCGUCUUCGAGGACAGUUACAGCGUUGGAUUGCAAAACGCCCUCGACUGCUACUUCGCUCUGCUUAGAAAUCACGGCAACGUCAAGGAAACUUACACCCUAAUCUACCGCUUCAUGGAGUUCCUGCAAGCUUAUAUCGCAGCGAACCCCAAAUCAGCCACCAUCUUCAUCCAACAAUACUUCGACCUGCUGAACGACCUGGCCCAACAGCACUACGACCUACAAUCCCUCCAACAGCUCGUCCAAGGUCUGUCAAUGCUCAAACAACGCACCCCACUCGCCAUCGCCGAACCACAGCAAACCCCAGCAGAACCAACCCCCGGAACAUCCAAGGACGUCAAGAAACCAACCCCGGACCAGCACCAAUCCGCCACCGCCGUCAUGAUGACCCCGUACGUCAAAAACGAAAUCCUGCCCCAGCACUGGCUCGAACUCACCCACGCGCUCCGAUCCCGCGACAUCGACGACAUCUCAAUGCCCCUCCUCGAAGUGGACGCCCUCACCGUCAAGCGACCCGCCCUCCUCGAGGACGUCUUCGACGACGUAAUCCGCUUCCUGACCCAUCACUCCGGCUCGAUCCGGCAAACCGCCCACUCGCUGGUAACCCGUUGGCUCAAGCAGAACCCCGGCAACUUCUCCACCAACAGUACCGCCCUGACGGCCUUUGUGGGCUGUCUGUACCACGAGGAUGUGGCGGUGGUGCAGAGCGCGCUGGACAAGACAACGGAGUACGUGCUGUGUCUGCAGGAGUACGCGCCGCAGAUUUUGGUCACGUUGUUCAAUCUGGGCAUCGGGUGCAAGAUCAACACGUACACGGCGAUUCGGCGGUGCGUGCAGGCCGUCAAGAAGCAGCAUGCUUGUUAGAGGUGUGGGGGGAAGAUGAUUGACAUUUGGAACAAUUUUGGAAUAAAGUAUUGGAUCAGUCGUUGAGAA